AUGAGUAGACCAGGAGAGUCAGUAGAAGAGACGGAGAGGAGGAUGUUGGAAGAGUUAAGACAAAGCUUGGGACCAUUGCCUGGUGCAAUCAAUACCCCCGAGGGAUCAACACAAGGAGACGAUUUCCAUCCCCCCCUACCCCUUGAACCACCGCCUGAGCCGACCGGGCUAUCAGAGACACCAACUGUGAGCACGGGUUCAGAAGGGUCGGGACAGACUCCGCGACCAAAGGAGAGGAACGCAGAAGGUAGACUAAGUUCGUCGGGGAGUGAGGAUGUAGGAGGAAUAGAGGGAAGCGUCGGAACUCAGAAGAUGAUGCUGGCAAUGAUGAAUAUGAUGAUGGAGAUGAAUAGGGACAUGAUAGCAGAGAGGAAACGCCGAGAGGAACAGGAGAAGAAGAAGGAAAAGGAGACGUUCGUGGGGUUACAACCUAAGGUCACGAACUGGGGAAGGGCAAUCCCGACGGACGUAGACGAACUAAACCGUCGUUGGCCGAGACCCAGUGCCGAGGAGGUGUUGAAGCGUAGGGAAGAAGGGAAGUGUACCGGAUGUGGAGAGAAGGGACAUUACAACCGAGACUGUCCUGUGAUGGCCGCGAAAGUAAAGGCAGGGAUCAUCCCCGCAUGA